UGCCUGUGUUGUCUGGGAGGGGAGCCCUGCCUCCUCUCCCUCGCUCAGAUCAAUGCCCUGGCCACUCACUUUCUGAUGUUGCACGACGGGAAAUGCUUUGAAUACUUACGACAUGGCCGCUCACACUGAUUGCCAAGAUUGACAGCACUAACCAUCGCCUUCACUUGUUUCAAGGGGGGAAGCCCCCUGUCACCCGGCUCCGCGUGCACCUCCUGGCACCCCGGCAGCAAACUUGUGCGCUCAGCGCUCCCCCCUGGCCCGGGGCAGGACACCCCCGCAGACUUGAGUUAACGGGCGGCAGGCCGGGGCAGCAGCCCUGGGGAUCUGCUCCCUUGCUCCCCAGGCUCAGCUAAUUGACCUAGCACCGACUCCCCUUUCUUUACUUUUUAAAAUUUGUAUCUUUCCCUUUUUCUUUAAUGCCUUUUACUCCCGCGGCGCAGCGCACAAGGAGCCCUCCCGUGAGGUACCAUCCUGGAGCCCGCCCAGGUAACCGGGACGGAGCGAGCGACUUAAGAGAGCGAGGGAGGCAGUGUGAGAGAGCAGCAGUGAGAGCUACCUGUUGGGGCGCCGGAGGGGGCAGGGGACCGGAGCCCCCAGCGCCUCCUACUCCGGCCUUUCCCGGCACCUCUGGGGUCACUUUCAUGAAUUCAAAGGUGAUUUACCAGUGACUUCUGGGUGCUGGGGUGAUCCUCGUGUGUAAUUAAGAAUGUCUUCCAAGCAAGCUACCUCUCCAUUUGCCUGUACAGCUGAUGGAGAGGAAACAAUGACCCAGGAUUUGACCUCAAGGGAAAAGGAAGAGGGCAGUGAUCAACAUGCAGCCUCCCAUCUGCCUCUGCACCCCAUAAUGCACAACAAACCUCACUCCGAGGAGCUACCAACGCUUGUCAGUACCAUUCAACAAGACGCUGACUGGGACAGCGUUCUAUCAUCUCAGCAAAGAACGGAGUCAGAAAAUAAUAAGUUAUGUUCCCUAUAUUCCUUCCGAAAUACGUCUACCUCACCACAUAAGCCUGACGAAGGGAGUCGGGAGCGCGAGAUAAUGAACAGUGUUACUUUUGGAACCCCGGAACGCCGCAAAGGGAGCCUUGCCGAUGUGGUGGAUACGCUGAAGCAGAAGAAGCUGGAGGAGAUGACUCGGUCUGAACAAGAGGAUUCCUCCUGCAUGGAAAAACUACUUUCAAAAGAUUGGAAGGAAAAAAUGGAACGACUAAAUACGAGUGAACUUCUUGGAGAAAUCAAAGGUACACCUGAGAGCCUAGCGGAGAAGGAACGACAACUCUCCACCAUGAUUACCCAGCUCAUCAGCUUGCGGGAGCAGCUCCUGGCAGCACACGAUGAACAGAAAAAGCUGGCAGCCUCACAGAUCGAGAAACAGCGGCAGCAAAUGGACCUUGCUCGCCAACAACAAGAACAGAUCGCAAGACAACAGCAGCAACUUCUUCAGCAGCAGCACAAAAUUAAUCUCCUGCAGCAACAGAUCCAGCAGGUUCAGGGGCACAUGCCUCCGCUCAUGAUCCCAAUUUUUCCACAUGACCAGCGGACCCUGGCAGCAGCUGCUGCCGCCCAACAGGGAUUCCUCUUCCCCCCUGGAAUAACAUACAAGCCAGGUGAUAACUACCCCGUACAGUUCAUUCCAUCAACAAUGGCAGCUGCUGCUGCUUCUGGACUCAGCCCUUUACAGCUUCAGAAGGGUCAUAUCUCCCACCCACAAAUUAACCCAAGGCUAAAGGGCAUAAGUGACCGUUUUGGCAGGAAUUUGGACACCUUUGAACAUGGUGGUGGCCACUCUUACAACCACAAACAGAUUGAGCAGCUCUAUGCCGCUCAGCUGGCCAGCAUGCAGGUGUCACCUGGAGCAAAGAUGCCAUCAACUCCACAGCCACCAAACACAGCAGGGACGGUCUCACCUACUGGGAUAAAAAAUGAAAAGAGAGGGACCAGCCCUGUAACUCAAGUUAAGGAUGAAACAACAGCCCAGCCACUGAAUCUCUCAUCGAGGCCUAAGACAGCAGAGCCUGUGAAGUCCCCAACAUCUCCCACCCAGAGCCUCUUCCCAGCCAGCAAAACCAGCCCUGUCAACCUGCCAAACAAGAGCAGCAUCCCUAGCCCCAUUGGAGCAAGCCUGGGGAGAGGAUCCUCUUUAGAUAUCCUGUCCAGUCUCAACUCUCCUGCCCUGUUUGGGGACCAGGACACAGUGAUGAAAGCCAUUCAGGAGGCUCGGAAGAUGCGAGAACAGAUCCAGCGGGAGCAGCAACAACAGCCACACGGGGUUGACGGGAAACUGUCCUCCAUGAACAACAUGGGGCUGAGCAACUGCAGGAAUGAGAAGGAAAGAACACGUUUUGAGAACUUGGGACCCCAGUUAACAGGGAAGUCAGGUGAAGAUGGGAAGCUGGGCCCAGGCAUCAUCGAUCUCACUCGGCCCGAAGAUGCAGAGGGAAGCAAAGCAGUGAAUGGCUCUGCAGCUAAACUACAGCAGUAUUAUUGUUGGCCAACAGGAGGCGCCACUGUGGCUGAAGCACGCGUCUACAGGGAUGCCCGCGGUCGCGCCAGCAGCGAGCCUCACAUCAAGCGACCAAUGAAUGCGUUCAUGGUUUGGGCGAAGGACGAAAGGAGGAAAAUUCUUCAGGCUUUUCCUGACAUGCAUAACUCCAACAUUAGCAAAAUCUUAGGGUCUCGCUGGAAAUCCAUGUCCAACCAGGAGAAGCAACCUUACUAUGAAGAACAGGCCCGGCUAAGCAAAAUCCACCUAGAGAAGUACCCAAAUUACAAGUACAAACCCCGGCCGAAGCGUACGUGCAUCGUGGAUGGCAAGAAGCUCCGGAUUGGGGAGUACAAGCAACUGAUGCGCUCCCGGAGGCAGGAGAUGCGACAGUUCUUCACUGUGGGGCAACAGCCUCAGAUUCCCAUCACCACAGGAACAGGUGUUGUGUAUCCUGGUGCUAUUACUAUGGCAACGACCACACCAUCACCUCAGAUGACAUCUGACUGCUCUAGCACCUCUGCCAGCCCAGAGCCCAGCCUCCCUGUCAUCCAGAGCACGUAUGGUAUGAAGAUGGACGGUGCAAGCCUGGCUGGGAACGACAUGAUUAAUGGAGAGGAUGAAAUGGAAGCCUAUGACGACUACGAAGAUGAUCCCAAAUCAGACUAUAGCAGUGAAAAUGAGGCCCCAGAGCCUGUCAGUGCCAACUGAGGAGCUUUUGUUUGCUGAAUUAAAACACUCUGACAUUUCACUCCCUUUCCCCAACAACAACAACCAAGUUCUUAAAGAGCCCGCAUGCAUUUGUGGCUCCACCGUACAUCAGCAGAGUGGUCUUAAUCGCUUCGUAACGUGUGAGACAGAUUAAGUUUUCCUGAGUUUUCAUAAACUUGAGUUUUUGUCGUUACCGUUACUGUUGUUGUUUAUUUAGGUGAAGACGUAUUAAAUAUGAGACACCGGGACUUGGAAACUUAUCUCCGCCCAUCGCCGUCUUUCAAGUCUUACAUUUCUGUCUUACUAUUUUUCUUUGGGAUGUUGACAAAGGGUUUAAGUUACUGUUUUAGAUGGGGUUAAACAUUCUCACUCAGGUAUGCUGUGCCGGCUACAGGUUGUGAAUGUGUUUUUAUUCUGAAUUACUUUAGAAAACAACUGAGGAUUUCAUAUUGUGAAACCGGACAAGUCCACGGCGUGUGCGGCUAUAUAGAACAUAUUCAAAAGGCCUCGGAAUUCCAUUUUUUGUCCAUGUGUAGAAUUCAACUUUGAAUGUGCCAAACUUUUUUCAUAACUUUUGAAUCUUAACUGUUUUUGAAAGUCUUACAGGAGACACUGCAAAGUCUUAGACAAUCUUUGGCAUCUUAAAAUAAAAUAGCAAACCACAUUUUUUUUUUCCAGAAAAUGGUGAAGUACUCAGGAAUCUGGAGACAAGAUAUUGUAAGGAAUGAGCAAGGCUGCCACAGUGCGUGAACCCAAUUGUGUUUGCCUCUUGAUGUGCCAUCAGUGUGUGGCGUGGGAUGACAUGCACCAGAGUGAUCACCACACCAGACACCAACACGGUGGUCUCCCCUGCCUGAGACCACCUUUCACUACAUCCAUUCUCCCCUUGCCUUUCACCCUGACAUUCAAUCUUAACACAUUGUUCUCUUAAGUAAUUUAUUCAUUCCAGAAUGUCAAGGGUCUACUUACUAUUUAUUUUAAAAAUUAUUGGUGGCAUUAAUUUAAUGUUUUUUUGCCCUCCUUGCCCUUUCACCUACGUUUCCUGCUGGAUACAAAAGAUGUACAUAGCAAUCUCACGUCCCCAGGGCUCUGGGGACAUCUCUGAGGUAAUGCUAGCAAACAUUGUUGUUCUUGAAGAUGAGUGUAUAUCUGGCUGCAGGCUUGUGCAUCUGGGUCAAGGUGUCUUACAUGGAAACAUGUCUGCCUCUGUGAGUCACUGUGACCUCAGUUUCUCCCUCACUCAGUUCUCAGCAAACAGUAGAACCUGAGUUCCAUUCAGCAGUGAAGGUCAGCAGUGGUCACUGCUAGUCAAGUAACCUCUGGCAGCCACUCUGAAGCCCAAGGGCCGUGGGCCACACGGGGGUCUACAGUGGAGCUGGCAUGCCGUCACCUUUACUGAGCAACCUGGUCCCGACUAGCAUAUCCAUGGAGAUCUUUGCAAAAUUUCCGGGAUGUUAGAAGCCUCAACACAAAGACAAGGGGGAAAGGAAAGCACAGGGAGGGGAAGCAUGAGGGUGCUGCUAGCCGGCUAGCCGGCAGGACACAUGGCUUCAGGGGCAGCCCACCAGCUCCUCUGGCAGACUUCAUUUCUCAGUGGCUGCUUGUAAAUGGGGUGAUCUGAUCUUGUCACUCAAGGGGAGCUCUGGAGACAUGCCUCUGGGAUGGAUGUAUUGAGGCUUCCUCUCCUAUCUCCUAACUACAGGCAGUUCUACUAUGUUGUAACUUUAACCUUCCUGAACCCAGGCCUGGUUGCUUACAGGGAGCCUUACCCAGAACCCCUCAGUGGGAGCAAGUCAGUGAACAGGACAGCCCAGAAUCUGAACAUCAGGGCAAAGAACAGCUCCAUCAAAAUUUUCGAGCCAUUUUGUCACUUGAGAGAAAGUAGUAAAACUUCAUAUUUAUUUAAAGAGUGCUCCAGGCCAUACCUAAUAGCAAUAAGUAGGUCUAGCCAAGAAAUGACCAGCUGUGUCAUUAGCUAUGAGCACUGUCCAUAAGCUGUUUAAGGUACUGAUAGGAAUGUUUUGUUCUUAAUAUUGAUUUGGGGAUUGGAACUUUGUUCUUGUACAUUGAUUUCAUAUGAGGAGGAGGUCACUUUUCAAAAACAAAGUGAGUAUUUAUUAUGUCUUACUGAUUUCUUGGAUUCUGUCUCCUCCUCCACUCCUCCUCAUGUUCCUCCCUCCUCUUUGGCUUCU